AUGCAAUUCCAGCUUGUCGUUGGUCUACCAAAUGUUACCAUCGACCAAGCUAUGCUCCAAAUGACGCUAUGGUCCAUCUGGUCUGCACCGCUAAUUAUGUCUAAUGAUCUCAGAAAGUUGAAACCGGAAUUUAAAAAAGUGCUCCUCAAUCGCGAUGUAAUAGCAGUAGAUCAAGAUCAAAUGGGUAUCAUGGGGAAGCUGGUCAAAAAGAGCAAGUCCGUCGGCAUCUACUUGAAGCCAGUGACACCCGUUCAAGGCUGGAAAACCUCGUAUGCCCUUGCUGUGGUCAACAAAAAUGAACUUGAAGUCAAGUUUGAAGAAAUCACCUUUUCUGCUCCUAUACAACAUCACCUUGAUCCCUAUAUGUUUUUGCAAUCGGCAUGUCCACUUACCACUGCGUUUCAACGCUUACCCCCUCACCCCGUAGCUCAAACUUGUGUUGUUGCUCAUGUUCAGUCGAGGUGA